AUGCUCUCCACGUGGAGGGAUGAUCAAAAUGACACAGAUUGUUGCACAUGGAAAGGUAUUGAAUGCAAAAAUGAAACUGGUUACGUAGAAAGGGUUGAUCUUCGUGCUUCAUUAUCGCAUUAUUUGUCAGGUCCAAUCAAUAUCACUUCAUUGGUUGGCUUGCAAAAAUUGAAAUAUUUGGAUCUCAGCUCUAAUGAUCGCUUCAUUGGAAGCCAAAUUCCACCAUCCAUCGCCUCCUUUCAAAGCUUAAGAUAUCUCGAUCUGUCACGAACAAGUUUCCUAGGGACAAUUCCCUAUGAACUGGGAAAUCUCUCAAAAUUAGAGUAUCUUGAUCUUAAAGAAACUAAUCUUUAUGGAGAAAUUCCAACUCAACUAGCGCAGCUUUCAAGUUUGCGAUAUCUUGAUCUAAGUACUAAUUUUGAAAUCAGUGGAGAGAUUCCUUCUCAACUUGGAAGUCUGUCACAUUUGAGGUAUCUUGAUCUGUCAGGAAAUUCGCUUUCAGGAGUUCUCCCGUUUCAGGUCGGAAAUCUUCCUCUCUUGCAUUCUCUUUCACUUGAUGGAAAUUAUGGUCUUAAAAUAAAAGAUGAAAAUUGGCUAUCUUCUCUCUCUUCAUUAACAAUUCUCUGUCUCCAUUCUUUUCCUUAUCUAGGCAUCUCUAAUAUCAGUAAGCAUCUUCCAAACUUAAGAGAGUUAAGUGUAAACAAUUGUGCACUUUCAGAUGCUGAUAUUUCACUUUUGUUUCCUUCUCAUUCCAACAUUUCCACUUCACUUUCCAUCCUUUCUCUCUGA